CACCAAACGGCUAGACCCGCCGCCGCCGCCGCGCGCGAAGCAACCAAUGGCGGACGCCGCGGAGCUCGUGCGCCUCCUCCGCCUCCGGGCCGCGCCGCGGCCGUCGCCUCCGCAGCGCUCCGGACCGCCCCCGCGGCCGCAGCCGCCGCGCCUGCUCAGAGGUCUCCCCUGCCGCCGCCCCCCUCCCCUCUCGCUCCGGUGCCGCGCGCUGGACGCCAGCGGUCCGGCGGCGGUGGAGGGGGAGCGUGGCGAGGAGGACGUGUUCGAGGAUGAGGAGGAGUCCUACUUCUCGGUCACCUCGUCGGGGCUCUCGCAGGUGGACUACCUCGGGCAGAGCACCAGGGGGGAUUUGAACGUACGGAGGGAGCGCCUCGAGGCGCUUGGUGGGAAUGGCGAGUCAACACUGCAUGGUCCUAUUGAGGAGAUUGCUUGGAAAGAAGCGGGAGAGGCUGAAACAUUGCUUCAUGACUUGGGAAUUGCAGAUCCAUUUUCAGUAAGACACUCUCCUCGCGGAAUUUUCUGCACCAGGACACUAAAUCUUCGAUCUAUCAGUGUGAUUGGCUAUGAUAUGGAUUACACAUUAAUUCAUUACAACGUGAUGGCCUGGGAAGGGCGUGCAUAUGAUUAUGGGAUGGACAACCUUAAGAGCAUGGGUUUCCCAGUUGAUGACCUUAAAUUUGAUCCUGAUCUGGUCAUAAGAGGUCUUGUUAUUGAUAAAGAAAAAGGAAACUUGGUCAAACCUGAUCGCUUUGGCUACAUUAAGAGGGCCAUGCAUGGUACCCAGAUGCUUUCCACUCCUUUUGUGAGUGAAAUAUAUGGAAGGGAAUUGGUGGACCUGCGGAAAGAAAGUCGAUGGGAGUUCCUUAAUACCCUUUUCUCAGUUUCAGAAGCUGUCAUGUUUAUGCAGAUGGUCGACAAGUUAGAUCAGGGGUUGGUGCCAGCUGAACUUGGACCACUGGAUUACAAAGGGCUGUACAAUGCUGUUUCCAAAGCACUUUUUCGAGCACAUGUAGAAGGCCAACUUAAGAGAGAAAUAAUGGCUGAGCCUGAGCGGUUUGUAGAGCCUGAUCCAGAACUGCCUUUAGCUCUUCUUGAUCAAAAAGAGGCUGGAAAAAGGUUGCUUCUUAUUACUAAUUCAGAUUACCACUAUACAAACAAAAUGAUGAAUCAUGCAUUCAAUCGCUUUCUUCCUAAUGAUGUGGGUUGGAGAGAUCUUUUUGAGAUGGUUAUGGUCUCUGCAAGGAAGCCAGAGUUUUUCCAACUUUCACAUCCAUUUUAUGAGGUUGUAACAGAUGAUGGAUUGAUGCGCCCCUGUUUUAAAGCAAAUUCAGGUGGAUUAUACUCCGGUGGCAGCGCUCAGAUGGUUGAGAAGUCACUAGACAUUCAUGGGGAUGAGAUAUUAUAUGUUGGAGACCAUAUUUACACAGAUGUAAGCCAAUCAAAAGUUCAUUUACGAUGGAGGACAGCAUUAAUCUGCAGAGAACUAGAAGAUGAGUUUGAUGCGCUGGUCCAAAGCCAUGGUCAGAAAGAAAAGCUUGUUACACUUAUACAACAAAAAGAAAUUGUGGGGGAUCUUUUUAACCAGCUUCGCCUGGCUCAGCAGAGACGCUCUAAUUCACGUCCUGCACAGACACUUGCUGCAACUUGCAUGGAUGACCAGGAGCUUACAGAAAGUAUGCAAAAGCUGCUCAUUGUUAUGCAAAGAUUAGAUGAAAAGAUUGGACCUAUGCUUGAAUCGGAUGGAGAGCUUUUUAAUAAGAGAUGGGGUUGGCUGUCACGUGCUGGCCUAUGGGACAAGAGUCAUCUGACCAGGCAAAUUGAGAAAUAUGCUGAUAUAUACACAUCAAGGGUUUCAAAUUUUCUACACUAUACUCCAUUCAUGUAUUUCCAAUCUCAAGAACAGACGUUAGCUCAUGAUGCCCAUUCUUAUUUUCGGGAAGAAAGCAUUAAGGUUCAAUGAGCAUCUAUUAAAGUCAAUGUGGAGAGAAGACGGAGGGAAAUGAAAUGAUUUUGAGUAUGGCUAUGGCUGCUAGGCUGCAACAGUUGUCCAUUUGGACUGAUGAGUGAUGACCCAGCAAAUCUUGUAUAACUGUAUGCAUGUACAAGUAAAAUCAUUAGCUGAUAGUACACUGAAUAAAAUCAUGUAAAAUGAUUAGUUCAUAGCAUGCUGGAUAAAAUCGUGUAGCAGUUGUUUUGUCGUGGCCAACUAAAAGGGUUUGAUUUAGUGAGGCACAACGACCCUUUUUGUGUAGACCUACCAUUUGCAUUGUAUAUAAAUCGUGAGGUGUGACAAGGUGAAGAUCAGUAGAUCGCAUCACUCGACGUUGCAAAACAGAGUGCUUUCUUUU